ACGUCUGUGAGCAACUUGUGUUUCCAGUGCAGGCUCCCAGGCCGCCCUUCCCUCUUUAACUAUUCCCUGUUAACUCCCAAAAAAUGCUCCCAUGGAGCAAUUCCAGUGCGACUCCCUUGUCGCAAUUUCUGUCCUUCAUCUUUACUUUCCUCUCCUUUCUACCACACAUAUCAUGGGCUUCAGACUCGGAGUGGAUCGACUAUUCGCCAGAUGGAUAUGCUACUAUGACACACUACAGCCUUCCAGAAAACUUCAUUGCAGCAUGCGGGUCAGUAACAUCUUACGGCCCUGCUUGUGGACAAUGCUUUAAUCUCACCCUGCUAAAUUCUUUCCUUUCAAAUCCCCCCUUCUACCCCAACGUUACAAAUUCAGUGGUCAUAAAAGUUACUGACUUAUGUCCACUAUCUCUUUCUGGUUGGUGUAAUGCAACUACUCAUGGACCGAACGCUGGUGGUCACUACUUGAAUUUUGACCUCGCAUGGCCAUCACUUUCGAUUCCAAAUGAUUUCUUUCCAUCAGAUGAAUCACUUUAUGGUUAUACUGACUUUGGCGUCUGGAAUAUCAGUUACCAGUCGGUCUCCUGUACAAAUUGGGAGGGAUGGAAUUACGCUGCUGCUCUCGGGAGCGUGGCUAACUUGGGAUACAGUGCAUGCUGUCCUGACAAUCCAACUGUUAGUCGUUCGCUAUCCUACAUCUAACCGUUAAUACCCUUUUCGUUAGGGAAGUACUAAUGAUACUUGUCCGUCGUAUUCUGACGACAAUGGCAUCCCACCUGACACGCAAACCUCUGGAUCCGCUAUAUCCUCAACAAUCUCGCUCCUUCCUAUUAUCACACUCGCUGUAUCGCUACUAUCGCACAUGUUGUAAUUUCUUGCGUUUUCCGACUUCGUGGUUUUUUUAGCAUACCCCGAAUACAUUGGAGUGAGCUCGUACAAAAACAAUGGCUACUCCAUACAGACAUGUAUUAUUUACGUUCUUUACACACCCGAUCGAGGACAUGCCAGGUUUCGAUAGAAGAAAACAAGCCAGUCUACGACCGACGGCCCACAGGCCGGCCGAGUAGAACAGAG